AUGCAUGCAUUUGUGCCAGUGUUUCUCAUGGACAAAAUGCAGAAAAUGCUGCACCUUGGCCGAAUGUACUGCAUCUCUAACUUCCAGGUUAAACCCUUGACUGCUGAGGACAAGUGGAGAAGUAUAAACAUUGAUCGGCAAAUUCUUUUUACAAAUCAGACCAAGGCAAAAGAAAUCGAAGAGAAAGAUUAUUUCAUUGCAAAGAAUAGUUUUGAUUUCUACGAUCUUGCCGACAUGAAGGAACUAUCAAAACAAACUACUCUACUUGCAGAUGUUGUUGGUGUUGUGACAAAGAGAGAUGCUCUAAGAAAAAUAAACAAUAGACAUGGAAAAGAGCAACUACAAGUCAAAAUGAUGAUUUCCGAUGGAAAAUCAACUCUGAAUGUUGUGCUUUGGGACAAAAUGGCUGAGGAUUUUACAAGAGAUAUUCACAAGAACAAGUAUGAAGAGCCUUUCAUCCUAAUCAUUGCAAGUGGUAAAGUUGGCAUGUUUAGAGAGGAACUGGACAUUUGCAACUUCUCACCUACAGCCUAUUACAUCAACUACAACCACCACAGUGUGGUGCAACUGCGUAAAAUUGCUAAUGAUAUACUGAAGAAAAGCAACAAUGAUUCUUCGAUAGAGAAAAAGAGUUUGAGGUUGAUGACAGUUGAAGAUAUAAAGAAAGUCAGAGAGGAUUACAUACAGCAAGAGGUGGUAUGCCAAGUUGAAAUAAAACAUGUUGAGGUUUGUGAUGCAUGGUACUAUUUAGUCUGCACAUCAUGCUACAAGCAGAUUGACGAAGAAGGUGGUCGUUUAAUUUGUAAAAAUUGCAACAACAGAUUUGUGCCACAUCCAGAAAAGAGGUUUGGAAUUUGUGUACUUGGUAAGGACAACACGGGGGAGAUAAAUUUAUUACUCAUGGACAGAGCAAUACGGAGUUUAUUUCACAAGGAUGUGUUCGAGUUGGAGGAAGAGUACAAUGGUAAAUUCCCAUCUGUUUUCAAAAAAAUGGAAGGUGGGAACUAUACUGUUAAACUAGAAGUUGCAAGUUUCAAUAUCCAAGACACCGACGAAAUGUAUAUUGCAAAUGACAUACAUGAAGGAUUUGAUUUCCAAGAGCCAAUGGAGGCUGAGGAAUAUCUGCAACAGCCAACCGAGUUCUCUACCGGGGAGACAUCUAUAACCACUGGAAGCAACAUACACUUGGACAACAUAAGCACCAUUGGAGAAGGAACCAGUUGA